AUGCCAACACUCAGGCUGACAGAGGACACAGUCUAUGCAGCUCAAUGCAAAGAGAAAGCAGAAGCGCUCUACGAAUACGCCAUGGCUAAUUUUGGAUCGGCGAACAAAGACUCGGGAAUAUACAAAAACCCAGUAUUCAAAGAUGAGCUUGUGUGGGCGAUGAUUUGGUUGUAUAAAGCAACGAGGAUAGAGAGCUACUUAACAACUGCUGUGAGUAAAUACAAAAAAUACUCAAUUGGUGAGCUCAGGUACACCAGCUUCAGUUGGAAAAAUAAGAAUCCUGGGGUUGCGAUUUUGUUGUACGAAGAAACAUCAACCUCCGGUUAUACUAAAGACGCCAACAAGUUUAUGAACAAUUGGCUGAUUGACAUAGAGAGGACCCCGCUGGGUCUAGCUUAUGCAUUGGAUUGGGGUCCACUGCGAGCAGCGGCUGGGAGCGCAUUCAUAGGUUUGAAGUUGGGCGAUCUCGGCGUCAAGCGAGGACCCUUCCGAGAAUUUGCCAUGCAGCAGAUACACUACAUUCUAGGGGAUACUGGGAGGAGCUACGUUGUUGGGUUCGGCAAUAAUCCACCACAAAACAUACAUCACAGGGACAGCUCUUGUCCAAAAACCGGAACGUGUAAUUCAGCGAACGCUCUCUACAAUCCGAAGGCGAAUCCGAUAAUUUUGACUGGUGCCUUGACAGGGGGUCCUGACAACCAAGAUUAUUACGCCGAUGAUAGAACUAUUAUUGAAAAAUCCGAAGUUGCACUGGACUACAACGCAGCGUUCCAGAGUGCCGUGGCAGCUCUUAAGCACCUGGAGUUAAAUGGUAAUCUACCAACUGACUAUUAAAUGGAUGUUUUCAGGUUGAAAUUGCCGAAUUGCAAACACAUGAAUUAAAUUUCGAAGUACCUUCUGAAGCUUUACAGUUCGGGGUUAUUAGUUCUUAUUGUAUCAUAUGACUGUUUAUUAAACGUAGCACGAUU